GCGCACUUACUUGCUCUGCUCUGCAAUUUAGUAUGCCGGAAUAGUUUCUUGGGAACAGCUCGCAAUAAUCGGACAGCAGAGAGCAACGGUUUCUGUAGCCGACGGAAAAGUGAUGAUUUAAAAAAAUACUAAGCGCGAACAGGGAACUGCUGCGUUAAAUGACACAAAAUCGUUUUGUUCUUUUGGAUUGUGAUGGCGGCAGCGACGAUGCGUGGGCCUUGCUGGUGUUGCUCAAGGCAGCCACCGAACAGCGACUGACACUACUGGGAGUGACAAUUUGUGGCUGUGGAAAUACCGAUCUACACAAUGCAGCUCAGAAUAUGUAUCGGAUUUUGAAAGCGUCCAACCGUACCGAGAUUCCCAUUUAUCUUGGUGCUGCCGAGUCACUCAUACCACUCAACGAACCGCUCGAUGAUGACAAAUAUUUUCAUGGCCGCGAUGGAUUCGGCGACAUAUUGCCCCUAGAAGAAGAUUAUAAAAUUGAACAGGUGGUGCAAAAAGAACACGCUGUGGUGGCCAUAAAUAAAUUUUGUACGCAGCAUUCGAAAAAGGUAACAAUCAUAAGUGUUGGCCCGUUAACUAACAUCGCGCUUUGCUACUCCAUGUUUGGUGCGCAAUUUGCAAAUGCAGUAAAGGAUAUUUAUAUAAUGGGCGGUAAUCAUCAAGGCGUUGGAAAUUGCACACGUUGCGCUGAAUUCAAUUUCUAUUCAGAUCCCGAAGCAGCUCAUUCAGUGCUUGCCAGAUCUGUAUGUCCCAUCACAAUAUUGCCCUGGGAGCCGUGCUUGGAGGAUCGUUUCUUUAUAUGCAUUAACUGGCGUCUCGACGAACUUGGUAGAACCGCUGAGAAAACGUCUUCCGCCAUCGAGAUAUUGAAUAAAGUGGAGCGGGCGCAAUGGCUGCCAUCAAGAUUCAAGAGUUGGAUACCAUGUGAUGCUCUAGUUGUAGCCGCAUUCCUUUUUGAAACCGCAAUUGUCAAAAAGACAAGCAAAUGGCAUGCAACUGUAGAUUUGACGGGACAUACCCGUGGGCAAAUGAUUUUAGAUCAUUUACAAGAAGUGGAUAAGUAUCCAAAGAAUGUACGAAUCAUUGAAUGGUUGGAUGCGGUCGUUUUCAAGAAAAUUGCAUUAUGGGCUGUGGGAUUGCAGGACGAGCUUAUCAUCAACCAUACAAAUGGAAAUGUGGAAAUAUAAUGUUAGUUUUAAUAUGAUGAUAAGAUGUUUUUAUUUUGCAUUUGUUGUACCUUUUCAUGAAAAUUAUUAAUAUAACAUAUGUAUAAAUUCGAAUAA